GCCGAACAAAACUCUGAACAGCUUGGAGAGACGACGACACCACCGGGUAGCAAUGGAAGCAGACGCAGCAAGGAUCAGAGUCCGACGCACUUAUUUCCCCAACUUCUGAUUGGACUCCCGUCUCUCUCAUUUUCGCAGAAAGCGCGCCGCCAUGGAUGGUUGUACAGCAGCUCAAUCCGUCUCCGGUUCUCCAUACGAGCUCCUCUUCAGAGCUCUGUCUCUAAUCCCCGCCGCUCACUACGCGGCUUUCCUUCUAGCUCUCGGACUGGUCUUCCUCUACAGUUUUCUCGAAAUUCAUUUCCUCCGCGAUUUGGUCACUGGCUUCCGAGGAGAUCCCGUCAAGUUGACUUACAAUGCUUCGUCGGAGGUCUACCGGUCCGUUGCUUCCAAGUGCCAGGUCCUCCGCGGCAGGUAUUUACCUACUCCAUGGUUGAGUAGUCCUCACCUCCAAACCGCAUUCUUGAGUUUCUUUGGCAAUCCUCCUCGUUUCACUUAUAAAAGGGUGCUAUUCUAUACAAGUGAUGGCGGGACAAUUGCUUUGGACUGGUUAUUGCACUCUGAUGUCAAUCGGGGUGAUGGUGACUGCUUGAGUAGUCAUACUUUCCUGCAGAAAAAUGAUGCAGCUCCUAUUGUGAUUGUUAUUCCUGGGUUAACAAGUGAUUCCACUGCUCCUUAUGUAAAGCACCUUGUUUUCAAGAUGGCAAGACAAGGGUGGAAUGUUGUUGUAAGCAAUCACCGUGGACUAGGAGGUGUACAAAUAACUUCUGACUGCUUCUACAAUGCUGGGUGGACGGAGGAUGCUAGGAGAGUCAUUGACCAUAUCCAUCAAGAAUAUCCUGAGACUCCUCUAUAUGUUGUUGGAACUAGUAUUGGUGCCAAUAUCCUGGUAAAGUAUCUAGGGGAGGACACAGUUAAUGUUCCUAUCGUAGGUGCUGCAGCUAUCUGCUCUCCUUGGGAUCUUGCGAUGUGUGACAGGUUUUUCAGACGCAGAUUUGUUCAGAAACUAUAUGAUAAGGUUCUCACCUCUGGCCUUGUAGGUUAUGCCAAACUGCAUCAAACUAUCUUGUCUCGUCUUAUAGACUGGGAUGGACUUAACAAGUCACGUUCUGUUCGGGAAUUCGAUCACUGUGCCACCCGUAUUCUUGCUAAAUAUGAGACUGUAGACACCUUCUACAGGCGUUCUAGCGCUGUUAACUUUGUAGGAAAUGUAGCAGUACCUCUUCUGUGCAUCAGUGCGUUGGAUGACCCAGUUUGUACAAGGGAAUCUAUUCCAUGGGAUGAAUGCAGGAUGAAUCCAAAUAUUGUCUUGGCUGCCACGAAGCAUGGAGGGCACCUGGGUUAUUUUGAAGGAAUUGCUGCCGGUACCAUGUGGUGGGUGAGAGCUGUCAGCGAAUUCCUCGAGGUGCUGCAUUCUAGUCCGUUAAAGAACACACCAAGACAGGUGGUGGGAACAUGUAGCACGACCACUCCAUUGGAAUCGAAAAUCGAUCAAGGGCCUUAUGUCAACCUAAUGGAAGAUGGAACUGUAACUGCAGCUGGCGAUAUCCAGAAAGACAAUCAUGCAACAGCAGCAGCAGCAGACACAAGCAACAGAGGCCAUACUGUCGAAGAGAAUGGAGAGACCAUCGCCGAGGAAGAAGAAGCCAGCAACGACGUCGUGGAGACCAAGAAAAUGGAUCCUGCUGUCAAAGAGAAUGGAGAGACAAUCGCCGAGGAGGAAGAAACCAGCAACGACGUCGUGGAGACCAAGAAAAUGGAUCCUGCUGAAGACAAUCCCGACGAAAAGAAGCUUAAUGAUCUGGUUUCCCCCAUGAAGGGACACAUAACUCGACUCGCACGGCAUAGCAAGACAUUCAUCUGGCUUCUUGCUUACGUUGCCAUGGUGACAACUUGGCCAGUGGUGGGUUCUGGCCUCCUUUUGUUCCUCAAGAAGAAGUUUGGUAGCAGCUUCAUUCCGCCAAUUCUGAGAAAAUAAUGCGUGUAAUUUGGUGUAUAAACUAUAAAGGGCAUAAUCUGCCAUGGAAUAAAAGCAAAGAAUGAACGAGGGUAAUAAGGUCGCCUAAGAUAAUAAUUAUUAUUAUUAUUAUUCCUAAUCCGCGGUUGCAAUCCUUAGUACGUAACCGUUAAUCCAACCGUUCACGUAUUUUUGUCGAACCUGAACCCAAAAUUCGGGGUGAAAUUUGAAAAUUACAAACUGUAACAACUCCCCACAAUUGGAUCUAAUAUUGGACUAGGAGCUUACUGUUAGUGUUGUGGAACAAUUGAACGGGAGUUACCAUGUCAUAAUUUGGAAGAGGUUCAAUAUACCACAACACUAACACUUACUAGUUUCGUCCUAGCUCAUAUACCACAACACUAACACUUACUAGUUUCGUCCUAGCUAAUGAUUUAUUGCGAUAUCAAUAUAUACAUUAUAACUUUAGAUAAAAAUAAUUAAAGAGUGAUUGUAGCCCCUUUUUUAACUACACAUGUGGAUAUUAAAGAUACCUCCAAAAUGUAAAAGUAAAAUAGAUAAGCUAGUUGCAUGUUGACAUUAUCAUUUAUUUGUAAAAUUAAAAUACCUCCUUAAUGUAAAAUUAAAAUAGAUAAGCUAGUUGCAUGUUGACAUUGUCUUUCAUAAAAUAAUAAAAAAUGUUGACAUUGUCAUGUUUGUAAAAUUAAAGGUUAUAGUGUUG